AUGCCUUCACAGACAAUGCCCUUCUUCCUGUUCUUCGUAUCCCCUGUUUUAGUGGCCACUCUGCUGGUCUACCACCUGGACUCGUUCGACCCGGUCCACCUCCCGCUCCACGAGUUGACCCAGCCUCCACUCAAAGCUCCCUUAACCAACAAUGCCAUCCUCAGAAGCUCCGAGCUGGUGGGCCAGGGUCAGCUCGACGCACCAGAGGACAUCCUCUACGACGCCGUCGCGGGCGUCUUCUACACCAGCUGCGUUGACGGCUUAGCUCAAGCCUCCAUCUACUUGCACAAUGAUUGCAUCCCGUAG